AUGGACAAAGGCAAGAACGUCCAGACGGAGCUCACUAAAGAGGAAUUGCGAAGAAAGAUCGAGCGAGUCACUCGAGAAAUUCAGAAGGUUAAAGAGGAAGAACUCAAAGUAGACAUGACCACGGCAAUCUACAAAGCUGCAGCCGUGACAUUGGAUGAGGAUCUGGCGUCGCAGAUAAAAAGAAAGAAAGAGGUUGAGAUGGAAACCGAAAGCUUGAGGAAAAGGUUGAACUUGCUUCGUUUGAAGGUGCACGAAGGAAAGGCAAGAGAAGCAAAUAUAGAUAUUGAGACUGCCGCACUGUUAGCCAGAAGUGUGUCACUCGAUGAGGAAUUGACGACCUGUAGCAACUCAAAGGGCGGAAAAUACCUCGCCCGUGGCCAGGAAGCAGACGACAGUGGCCCCGACAGAGAAUCGAUUGAGGAGGACGAUGAGGAGGAAAUCGUCUACAAGCCUCCAUUUCCGAUUAUCACCCCUACUUCACCAGAUCAAAAGGUCCUGCAGAUUCCUUCCCCGAACCAAACUCAGACAGAGGAAAUACAGCCAUGGGAGACAACAAUGAUGAAGUUAGCCUCACAGAUGUUGUGGCGUGGCAGAACAAAUGAGCUAAUUGUGCAACUGAUGCAGCAGAUAGCUGAUAUGAGAGUCGAGAUGCAGCGAAGGCAGGACACGCCUCCACCCGGAUUCGGCCCUAAUUUUAUUGACGCAAGACCUCCGACGUACUUCCCCUCGUCCAACUUGGAUCCAACUCAGAACCACCCGUCAACACCCGUACAUAACCCGUCUGGGAUAGAUAUGACAACCCAAAACCCCCAGUACGCUUCGGUAUCCUAUCAAACCCCCUCACCGCUUCCAAACAACCCUCCACAAAUGCCACCACACCCCCAGAACACUCAAACAGCCCCACCACCCCAAAAUCAGAACCAAAAUCCGACCGCCUUCAACCCCCAAACACCACAUCCCCACUUAACCCAAAAUAUCAAUCCUCAAAACUAUCCACAAAACUAUCAAACUGCACAAAACGUCCCGAGCCCUUCCAUAGCUCCACCCCUCCCAAAAAGAACCACAUUCCAAGUUCCCAUCCCGGCCGAGCAUGAGGUGCACGGUUCCGAGUUGGAUCAUUACGAGGAGCAGGAGAGAGAGUGGAAGGCAAGGGAAGAAGCGAAGAUCGACAUAAAGGAGAUUAAGAGGGCAAUGAAAGAGUUGCAAUCGUUCCAGACGUCGCCGGAAUGA